AUGUUUAUGUCAAAGGACCAUACAGUUAAUGAAUUAUCUAUUAAAACACUAUUGAUCAAUUUAAUUUCGAAUAUUCUCUUUAUUCUUGGUAUUAUUGGCAACAUUUUGGGUCUGUUGAUUUUCUCGUCAUCUCGACGAUCAUGGCAAAUAUCAUCGAUCUAUGCAUGUUUAGCCACAUGUAGUUCGAUCACUAAUCUUCUUUGUCUGAUCAGAUAUGUAUCCAUUCUUCAUUCGGCAACUCGGCAUUCCUUUCUUCAAGUUGCUGAACAACACCGAUGGGCUUGUAAAUUCUACGAGUUUUCAUUUUCCUUUCGAGUCAUCUCCGCCUGGAUCACGUUAUUGUGGAUGUUUGAACGAUUACUCUGUGUUUCAACAGAGCUUCGAUCUUUCUUUAACCGAUGGAAUGCGUCAAAGCUCAAGCUUAUCAUACCAUCGAUUAUAGUGGCAAUGAUCGUGGGCGUUGUUGUUGGUUUACCUGUCUACAUGUUUGAACCUCAAAUUUGCAUCGAGAAGAUUAACAAUGGCACAACAUUAAUAGCAAGAGGAUGCUGUCGAGUUUCAUCGAAUGCAUCUGCUCAAUGGCAACUUUAUUUUCAGCAAGUUAGCUUCGGCCGGAAUCAUUAUACAGUACGCUGUUUAUUCUCAGAAUUGAUUCCAGCUGGCACGAUUAUUUUAAUUAACGGAUAUAUUAUUUAUCAUCUUCGGACAUACCGGCGAUUCCAUCAAGCAUUGCCGUUUAAAACGAAUCGAAAUCAAUCACGAACAACAACAUCGUGGAUGAAUAUUGUCUUAGUUCUUCAUUCAUCAUUAUUCUUAACUUCAUUAUUCUCUCACAUUGCUGGACAUAUCAUGAAUCUCGAAGCACAUGAAACCUGGUGGGUGUCACUAGCAGUGGUGAUCAAUUGUUCACUAAAUUUUUAUCUAUAUUGCUUAUCUGGUAAAGCAUUUCGCAGUGAAAUCCGACGGAUUUAUCUUAACCCAUCAACAUUGGUACAAAUUUAUCUUCGAAUAGCUUGGACGUCUGUCGAACGUCCUUUAAAGAUGCGUCUCGAUUAUACGUUGAGUCAGCUUGUGGGGCAGUAUAGUGCAUUAUACUAUGCAUACGUUGAUUGCGGUUAUCUUCAAUGUGACUGUUCUUAUCCGAGUGAUAUAUCAAAAUUAUUGUCCAUUGCAUACAGUCAACCGGAAUUCUGUCGGAAUGCACCUACCUUUGCUACUAACGAAACUGUAGGUCGAAGACCUCACGACAUAUCUAUCAAUACAAACAAUGUAAUCUAUAUUGCUAACAAGCAAUACGGUUACAUUGUCGUAUGGUAUAAUAAUACCAGUGCACCAACACAAACAAUAAUGGGUAAUUUAUCGGCCCUGACAUCUGUUUUUCUGGCAACAUCAGAUAGUAUAUACGCAGAUAAUGGUGCUAUCGGUCGAGUUAAUAAUUGGCAAUUCAGUAGCAACAUUAGCAGUCUGGUAAUGUAUGUGAAUAUAUUAUGGGAUGGACUCUAUUGUUCAAUGAAUAAAAUUCAUCAGGUGAUCUCCAGCGAACUGUACAAUAACUCUGAUGUACCGAACGUUGUGGCUGGUAGAGGUGUUAACGGUUCUGGGCCAGAAUUUUUAGCUAAUCUCUUUGAAGUUUCUGUCGACACAAACAGCAACUUGUACAUAUCAAAUUGUGGAAACGAUCGAAUUCGACUAGUUCUCAACAUCAACAAAAGUUCAUCGCCCAGUGCACUAAAUACACCAUAUACUCUUCAUUUUGAUAGUUAUGGAAAUUUUUCUAUUGUAGAUACUGGAAACAGUCGGAUACAAAUGGUAACUUUAGCAACACAUUCCUGUGGUAAAUUAUCUGAUGAACUGGAAGCAUUCGAUGUUUGCGAACACGGUAUCUAA